GUGGGCUGGGCGGACGGCGGGCGGCCGGGAGCGCGCGGUGGACUCCGCGGCCGCGAGUAGUUAGUUAGUUGUGUCAGUUGCUCGGUGGCCGCGGCUGCGAUCGCCGGGAAGGGGACGGGACGGGCGGCUCUAGUGAACCUCGCCGCGGCGCGUGCUCCCCUCAGGUGUCUGUCUAACCCAGGACUUAUGCUCUAGAUGUUUCUUGGUGGUUUGUCUAGAAAACCUAAGUAAACAUUGGUACCUUCAGAAUAUAGGAAUGAGAGGCAAAGAAGAAAGGAUGUUCAUCAUAAGAAGAUUUGAAUCACUUUGAAAUUGUAAAGGAAUGUAGCACUUGCUGCUAAACUGCCUUGGUCACCAGAAUGAACAAAGUGCUUCGGAGUUAAAUGCAUCUGUCACUGAACCCAAAGCUCACCAGUUGGCUGGUCUAUAUGCUCCUGGGAUCCUUCUGUCUUUGCCACCCCCGGCACCUGUACUGGAUAUUUCACAUGGGUGCUGGAGAUCUGAACGCAGCUCCUCAUGCUUGCAUAGCAGAUUAAUCAUACUUAGAAGAGCUGCUAUGACAACAUAGGGAGGUGAAAACUAACAGAUGCAAAUGCAAGUCUUGCUAUGCACUGAAGAAAAAGCAUUGUCUGUGAAGUUCUAUUUUUAAAAAUGUCUGCUUGUAACACCUUUACUGAACACGUUUGGAAACCUGGCGAAUGCAAGAAUUGCUUUAAGCCUAAAAGCUUGCACCAGCUUCCUCCAGACUCUGAGAAGACACCCAUCACCCACGGCAAUGUGAAAACUAAUGCCAACCAUAGUAACAACCACCGCAUCAGGAACACUGGGAACUUCCGGCCUCCUGUGGCUAAAAAGCCCACCAUAGCUGUAAAGCCCACUAUGAUGGUGGCAGAUGGGCAAAGCGUGUGUGGUGAGCUUAGCAUCCAAGAACACUGUGAGAACAAACCUGUCAUCCUGGGGUGGAACCAAAACAAGACUUCUUUGAGCCAGAAACCACUUAACAACAAUUCUGAAGGUGAUACUGAAGGAUAUGGCCACGUUCCUCAGCAGUGUGGCAGUAAUGACAGUGCAAAAAAUACACCCAAUAACAACAAUGGACUCACUGAGGUGCUAAAGGAGAUCGUGGGUCUGGAUGCCACCCCUCAGAACAGAGGGAAGGAAACCAACUCCAGAGAAACAUUCUUAGGAAGAAUAAAUGAUUGCUACAAACGCUCAUUGGAAAGAAAGAUCCCACCAAGUUGCAUGAUAGGGAGCAUGAAGGAUCCUCAGGGCAAGCAUGUUAUUCUGAGUGGGAGCACAGAGGUCAUCAGUAAUGAAGGGGGUCGGUUUUGCUACCCCGAGUUUUCAAGUGGUGAGGAGAGUGAGGAAGAUGUGCUUUUCAGUAGCAUGGAAAAGGAGCAUGAGAGCUGGGACGAGAGUGAUGAAGAACUCCUAGCCAUGGAGAUUCGCAUGAGAGGGCAACCUCGCUUUGCUAACUUCAGGGCAAACACUCUGUCUCCUGUUCGAUUCUUUGUGAGCAAAAAAUGGAAUACCAUCCCCUUACGGAAUAAGUCUCUGCAGAGAAUCUGUGCUGUAGACUAUGAUGACAGCUAUGAUGAAAUACUUAAUGGUUAUGAGGAAAAUUCCGGGGUCUCCUAUGGUCAAGGAAGCAUGCAAAGCAUGGUGUCAUCUGAUUCCACAUCACCAGAUUCCUCUUUCACAGAGGAGUCACGUUCUGAAACAGCCAGCAGUUUAUCUCAGAAGAUGUGUAAUGGGGUGCUAUCUCCUGGUAACCCAGGAGACUCUAAAGACAUGGCGGAAAGUGAGUCUAAUCAGGAAAGUCUGCCUGCUAAUAAUGAGGAGAAGGACUCAUUGCUGACCUCCAAAAGCUCAGCAAAAGUUCCAGAGACACACAAAGCCGUCCUCGCUCUCCGCUUACAGGAGAAGGAUGGUAAGAUCGCAGUACAAACUGAGAAACCAGAGAGCAAAGCUUCUACAGAUAUCACUGGCCAAGCAGUCACCAUAAGCCUCGUCCCUGUACAAGAACAAACAAAGCCCUACCGUGUUGUAAAUCUGGAACAGCCACUGUGUAAGCCAUAUACUGUUGUGGAUGUGUCAGCAGCCAUGGCCAGUGAGCGCCUUGGGCGCCCUAAGAUAAAAGGAUCAUCUUCUACUCCAAACUCUCCAGUAACAUCACCUGCAUUGUCACCAGGACAGAUAAAUGCCCAUCUCAAAAAAUCCAGUGCAAUCCGAUACCAGGAAGUAUGGACUUCCAGCACCAGUCCACGACAAAAGAUUCCUAAAAUAGAAUUAAGUGCUGGGGGAACUGGGCCAAAUGUCCCUUCAAGGAAAAACUGCCAUAAAUCAGCACCUACUUCACCCACGGCUACAAAUGUUUCCUCCAAAACCAUUCCUGUUAAAUCACCUAAUUUGUCUGAAAUAAAAUUUAAUAGUUACAACAAUGCUGGGAUGCCGCCUUUUCCCAUUAUCAUUCAUGAUGAGCCAUCCUAUGCUCGAAGUUCCAAAAACGCUAUUAAAGUUCCCAUUGUUAUUAACCCAAAUGCGUAUGACAAUCUCACCAUCUACAAAAGUUUUCUGGGAACAAGUGGAGAACUCUCUGUGAAGGAAAAAACCACAAGCGUAAUAAGCCAUACUUACGAAGAAAUAGAAACUGAAAGCAAAGUGUCUGAUAACGCCACUAGCCAGCUCCCAGACUGUCCCCAAGCUAAAGGGUUUUCCAACAGCACGGAGCGAAAAAGAGGCUCAGUAGCUCAGAAGGUUCAGGAGUUUAACAGUUGUCUCAACAGAGGUCAGUCUUCUCCACAAAGAAGCUAUAGUUCCAGCCACAGCUCCCCAGCAAAAAUCCAGAGACCCACUCAAGAGCCUGUGGCCAAAACAGAAGGUGUGCAAGGAUCUCAGGUGCCCAGCAGCAGUGGCAGCACCAGGGAGAAAGCGAGCGCCGUGCUUUGUCAGAUUGUGGCUUCUAUCCAGCCCCCCCAGGCUCCUCCAGAAGCAUCUCAGUCUAGCCCUAAGACUUGCAGUGUGGAAGAGCUUUAUGCUGUUCCUCCAGAUGCAGACACUAUAAAAAGUGUUCCUAGAAAUACACCAGUCAGACCCAAAUCUCUCUUUACAUCUCAGUCUAGUGGGGAAGCUGAGGCACAUCAGACCACAGAAAGCCCGACCACCAAAAUUCAGAAAGAUCCACUCACAAAGCCAGUCACUUCCCCUCCCUCCAAACUAGUGAGCAGCACCCAGAGUGAGCCACCGCCGCCCUUUCCGCCACCACGCUCUACUUCCUCCCCUUACCAUGCAAGUAACCUUUUGCAGAGGCAUUUUACCAAUUGGACCAAGCCAACCAGUCCCACCAGAUCAACAGAAGCUGAAUCAGUUUUGCACUCAGAAGGCAGUAGGCGGGCAGCUGAUGCAAAACCUAAGCGUUGGAUAUCAUUUAAGAGCUUCUUCCGCCGCCGGAAAGCAGACGAGGAAGAAGAGAAAGAGAAAGAGCGAGAGAAAGGAAAGCUGGUGGGCCUGGAUGGAACAGUCAUUCACAUGCUGCCCCCUCCUCCAGUCCAGCGCCAUCAUUGGUUCACAGAGGCAAAAGGAGAGUCCAGUGAGAAGCCUGCCAUUGUGUUCAUGUACAGGUGUGACCCUGACCAAGGCCAGCUCAGUGUGGAUCACGGCAAGUCCGGGGCCGAGAAAGGGAGAGCAGAGGAAGUAUUACACCGGAACUCAGAAGAGAAGAAAAGUAGCCAUUCUUCUCCAUCUCAGCCUCCUGACAACACUCGCAGUCGGGUGACCCACGAAGUGGCAGAGGAAUUUUCUCCUCAAGAUCCAAGAACUCUUCUUGUGAAGCAAGAUGGCACUUCAGUCACACCAGCAUUGCCCCCACCUGACCUGGAAAGGGAAGAAGAAAAGGAUGACACUUCGGAUCCUAUAGACGUGAAUCCCUGCAGUGCCACAUAUAGCAACUUAGGACAAUCUAGAGCAGCCAUGAUACCUCCCAAGCAUCCACGGCAUCCCAAGGGAGCUUUGGAUGAUGCCAUUGCCUUUGGAGAGAAGACAGACCAAGAAGUAUUGAAUGCUUCCCAACCCACACCACCCCCACUGCCAAAGAAAAUGAUACGAGCCAAUACAGAGCCACUCUCCAAAGACCUUCAGAAAUGCAUGCAAAGUAGUCUUUGUGUUGUGGCUAAUCCCACCUAUGAUAUCGAUCCCAACUGGGACGCCAGCAGUGCUGGGUCUUCUGUUAGCUAUGAGCUCAAAGGACUGGACAUUGAGUCUUAUGAAUCCUUGGAGAGACCUCUGCACAAGGAGAGACCUGCUCCUUCGGCAGCAAACAGUAUCUCCAGCUUAGCCACUCUCAGUGUAAAGGACAGAUUUUCCAACAGUAUGGAGUCCCUCUCCAGCCGUCGUGGUCUCUCCUGUAGACAGGCUCGAAGCAUCCAGAAGCCACAAAGACAAGCACUUUAUCGAGGACUUGACAAUCGGGAGGAAGUGGUGAGUAAGCUCCGAAGCCUUCAUACAGAUGCCUUGAAGAGACUGGCAGCUAAAUGUGAAGACCUCUUCAUGGCUGGGCAGAAAGACCAACUCCGCUUUGGAGUGGACAGCUGGUCAGACUUCAGGCUAACCAGUGACAAGCCGUGCUGCGAAGCUGGAGAUGCAGUCUACUACACUGCCUCGUAUGCAAAAGAUCCGCUCAGUAACUAUGCAGUCAAGAUCUGCAAGAGCAAAGCUAAGGAAUCUCAGCAGUACUACCACAGCUUGGCUGUCCGGCAGAGUCUGGCUGUUCAUUUUAACAUUCAGCAGGACUGCGGCCAUUUCCUGGCUGAAGUCCCUAAUCGUCUGCUUCCCUGGGAGGAUCCUGAUGCUCCUGAAAAGGCAGAGGAUGAACCUGAAGACAGCGAGGAUGAGGUGAAAGCAGAAACCUCCCGGGAAACUCCUGAGCCCUGCUCUGAAACACAGUCGUCCCAGAAAGAGAACCAGCAAGCUACAAAUAAGAAGCAAAGAAGCCAUGUUGUGGUCAUCACUAGGGAGGUUCCGCACCUCACCGUGGCCGACUUUGUGCGAGAUUCUUUGGCCCAUCACGGGAAAAGCCCUGACCUGUAUGAGAGGCAAGUGUGUCUGCUCCUCUUACAGCUGUGCUCUGGUCUUGAGCAUCUCAAGCCCUACCAUGUCACUCACUGCGAUCUACGCCUGGAGAACUUGCUGCUUGUCCAGCACCAGCCUGGGGUUGCUGCCCAGGUCCCUUCACCCGCAGACCCCUGCCCCACCUCAGCCUGUCCCACAAGGCUCAUUGUGAGUAAUUUCUCUCAGGCCAAGCAGAAGAGUCACCUGGUGUGUCCCCAGGCCCUCCGAGACCAGUCCCGCCUCGCCCCAGAGGUCAUCGCUGCCACCCAGUACAGAAAGUGUGAUGAGUUCCAGACAGGCAUCCUCAUCUAUGAGAUGCUGCACCUGCCCAACCCCUUCGAUGAAAACCCCGAGCUGAAGGAGAAGGAGUACACUCGCACAGAUCUGCCUCGAAUCCCUCUCCGCUCCCCGUACUCUUGGGGCCUACAGCAGCUUGCUAGCUGCCUCCUGAAUCCCAACCCUUCUGAGCGCAUCCUCAUUUCUGACGCCAAAGGCAUCCUCCAGUGUCUGCUCUGGGGCCCCCGUGAAGAUCUCUUCCAAACCUUCACCACCUCCUCAUCCCUCGUGCAGAAGAACGCUCUGCUCCAAAACUGGUUGGACAUCAAGCGGACCCUGCUGAUGAUCAAGUUUGCUGAGAAGUCCCUGGACAGAGAAGGAGGCAUCAGCCUGGAAGAUUGGCUUUGUGCUCAGUAUCUGGCUUCUGCCACUACAGACUCCCUGAGUUACAUUGUAAAAAUCCUGCAACACCGUUAAUGUGGCCUGGAUGUUGUCUUUAUUAUUAAGUAUCUCCGCCUUCUCCAUGUUGCCCUCAUGUCCCUAUCCUCAUACUCACUCAGAAUCCACGGAGAGGAGGGAAGCCAGCCUGCCGUCUUUGUCCAUGAACAGAGGGUUCCAUUCAGCAAGGUCAUCCACAGCUCUACACAGAGUGAGAAGCUGGCUGUUUCUUUUCAGCAGUCCGCCUGCACAAACAUGCAGUCACCUCCCCUUAGAACAUCAUCCUAAUAGUCCCAGAAGUGUGGGGUACGAAAUGAAGAUACACACCCGUGCAGGACCAGCUCCUGUGGAGUGAACUUGGGGAGCUGCGUCCACCUCUUCCAUAACCCUGAAGCUCGCCUGUGCUAACUAGCUGUCAGUACACACGUCAGCAGCCCCAGCUGCCAGCCAGUGAUGCAGACUCCUCUUCCUAGAAGCUCUCAGUGAUGGCCUCUUUCCCAGGAGGACAUCUGUACGCCUCUCGGCUAGCUUUAGUCACUGGGGACUAAUAGCCUUUGUUCGGGCACACAAUGAAAGAAGAGGAGAGCGCCCCGUCUGUUGGAUCAUGGGUUUCCAUUCUUGUUCUUAGCAAAGGUGUACACUGCACAGAGAGCAGGACAACAGCCAUAACCCUGCUGCCACUGCUUGGCUGUCGUUCACUUUCCCUCUGUCCCCCCUGCUGAAAUUUGGGCAUCCACUCCCUAUGGCCCAUUACAAAGUGACCAAAGGUAGUGUCACUGGUGCCUUGGCAGGAUGAGAUACAAUCCAGAGUUUGUGACUAGUUGGCAGGACAGGAGGAGAUAAUGUAUUUAUGUGUGCAAUUCUCCAGGGGCCCUCAGGGAACAGACUUUAAAGUACUGUUCUUUGAUUUCUGUCAGACCUAUCAGCAUGGCAGCCAGGGCUGGUAGCGCCUGAGUCUUGAGUUUCUUCCCCCACAAGUAGUAAUUGGCCAGCUCCUUUCCUUCGGUAGCCAGUAUUAACUAGUCUGCCAAAUUCUGUAGACAACAGCCCUGAAUGAAAUGGCGGUCCAUUUGGCAUUAACAUCUCCUUAUGAAGCACCUAUUGAAGCUGGCUAUUGAAAUGGCCAGAAGGCAGGGGAAGUGGGGAAGGCCGCUAAGAUGGCUGGCCUGUUCUUUCGAGUGCCGGCCUCUUCCGGAAUGAGUGGCACGUUGCCCCUGAGACUCUGCUGUGGAUCUGGAGCUCAGCUCACAGGAAGGCUGACAGAUGCAGUGGAUGGCUGAGAGUUGUUCCCCGCGGAGCCUGAGCUCUCCCAUAGAUUAUGUGCAAUCUUUGUAUGUAUUUUUAAGCUGUAUAUUGCAGUGUUUAUGUUGCAACUUUACCUGAGCGAGAACUACAGAACCUUCCCUUCUUCCCUUGGCACAUAUUUGCGCUAAGAGGCGAGUAUUCUUUCCACCUGUGUGUGUACAUAUGCUCAUGCACUUGUUUUAUUCAAAACUGUGAAUAUCUGUUUACUUCAACCUUGAAAUCCCAAGAGUCACUUGAAUGGUAGUGUGUACAUGUGUACCCAUGUGCAUGCCCACGCUGGAGGUAGGCCUCUGGGGAAGCAACCUGUAGUGGUGUUGACAGACAUGUUCUGUGUACAUGCCAGUGAGGAAACCCGGGAACCCUCAUCCACCAGCGCAGAGGUUGUCUUAAAGGCAAGACUGAUUGUGCAGUAUUACUUGGGUGGCACCUUAGUGGCCUUGGAAAUUUCUAGACUUUUAACAUUUUUAACAGCCUUUCACGUGAUUCACCUUUAUCAAAGAGGAUGAAAAAAGGAGAAUGUAUUUUAUUAAUCAUUUUUUUAAAGAGAAUGGUAUGUGGGAGGCUGCAUACGGAAGAUGGCUUUGUGUUCCUGGCUGGCACCCCGGACUCCCCAGAAAGAGGGCUUGUUGGCCCACAGAGUCUUGUCUGACCAUGGAGCGGCCAGCCAUGAGUCAUGGCUGCACCAGGCCUGGCAGACUGCGGUUUGAGCCAUCUUACAUAGCCCGUGUGCACAUAGCUCUCUGCCUAAUUAUGCACUGAACCGGCAGCGUAAAGACCGACUGACCACGUCAGCUGACGCAGUCCUUCACUUCCCACAAUGUUUGCAGAUUGAGACGUACCUUCUCAUUGUCGCUCUCAUGGUGCCUUGCCCGUGUAAAUCUGAAUGUUGACUAUUUAAUGAGGUUACAUAUUUAAUGCAGAAUGUCCCCUGGUCCCCUGUUUGUUCUGUCUGUGGAGAUCUUUUUUCUUUCCCUGUUAUCUUGGAUCUAGCCUUCUUCCACGCUACAGUAGAGCAGCUGUGUUCACUUCCACUGUCUCAGCACAUUGGCCAUCUGAGCACUCUUCAUUCCACAUGUCUCUUAUUAUUCUUUUGUCCACAGUAGUGAAAGGCAAAGAUGAGAGCCCGCUAACAGGAAAAGGGCCUCGGGCUUCCCAGAGAUGGUGUCUGUGUCACUUCUGUCUGCGGGAUGGCCACAGCUGUGGGGCGUGGAGGGUUUCAGGUUAGGUCAGAGCAGAGACAAGAACUGUUUUUCUAGGUGAAAAGUCAUCAGCGGGUCCUCUGAGCAUUUCUCAAAAUAGGGAAAUUCUGUCCAUGUAACAUUACCAUAAAUACUUCACAUUUCCUUUGAUUCAUUCAUCAACUGGAACGAAAUCCUGCCCUCUACAGACAGACACACACAUACAUAUUUUAUAUAUACAUAUAUUACAAAUUUUGUGGUGUCAUUAGCAUAGCACUUGAAAAUUUCACACGUAACAUCUGUAUUGACCAGAUUUUUUUUCUUUUCUAUUGAAGUCUGUGCCCUAGAUUCUUCCAUUUAUGUUGAAAGUUUGAACUAAGCCCCAUUGGAACUUUUCCUUAAGACGUGAGCACGAACAAUCUCUCUGCACACCUGGGUGCUGGAGAACCAGGUCUGUGGCUAGAGCAGGCAGGAGCAAGAGUGAAUGUCUCAGAGUGCCUUGUUAGCGUAGUGAUGUACCCAUGGGGAGGAGAGUCAUUUCACAGAGAGGCGUAGGCUCCCAGCAGCCUCUCGCGCCACAGACGAGAGCUCCUUGGGCAUGCAUGUACCCACAUAGUGUGCAAAAGUUCACCGUAAAAGGACAGCAGCUCUCGAGAUGGGCUGGGGAAGGUCAUAGGGGCGUGAACACUCACUCAUGCUCCCAAACUGCUGCUGUUGAGGGCCAAGAAGUAGAUCACUCAAGAGCUAGUCAGCAGCCUCCCGUUGUCAGAUUGGAGAAGCCAGUUCUACUUCUGAGCGUGGGGGUGUCUUCAUGAACGUGGGAUUGUAAACCUCUAAGAAGACUGAUGUUUCUAGAAGUAAGCCUCGCUGUCACAAUCCCCAUGCACGAUUUCGAAGCCCACUCGAUAGCAGCUCAGGGAGGCUUUCCAGCUUUGAUUUCCCCAGUAUUGGGAGAUCACCAGACAUUAGCUGGUAACCUGCAGUGAGGAUCACCCCUAGCUUUUACCCAGAAUGAUCUGAAAAGAUAGAGGCUAGUCUCAAAAACUGGGGUAAAUUUAGGAGGCUUCAUUAUAUUUCAAGUAAUUGUGGAUAUAGAAAGCAUAUAGGCAUGGAAACAGGACAAGAGGCACUCAGCUCCUUGGGCCAACUCUGGCAUUCUUGUCAUUCCCCUCGCUAAUGGAUAAGGAUUGGGAUUCUGGUCCAGCCUAGUAAGCGAACAGGAUGGCUGCCCAUAAAACUGGGUCAUUAGAUUUACCUCAUUGAAGCUCAUAUUCUCAAAGGCCCAAAGUGCUGCACUGAGACAAACCCAAGUUGCUACCUGUGCUAAAGGGUGCGCUGACGUCCAUCUGCCCACACUCAGCAGCACACAGGUGGGGGGGCCAUGGACCAAAACCAGUGCCCCAAGGGGAGUCACAGUGCAAGAUCCUAGACGGGUUAGACCAAAGAAAGCAAGCCUUUCAUCCUGACUCUUCUCAGAUGACAGGGCUGAGCUGUGACAGACGCCAGAGGAAGGGAAUUCGCAUACAUUCCAUGUUCAGGGUAUUCAGCUGGUAAGUCUAUCCUCCAAAUAAAUGAAUAAAUAGGAAAGCUUUCUAUUAGUUUCUGGCAGGCCAUUUUGUCCAUCAGAAGAAAAAGAAGGUGAUGAUGGGAGUGGGAGCAAGGGGAAAGCAGCAGCCAGAGCAGAUAGUGAAAUUCUCUGGUAUCGAAGAAGGAGCUCUUGACCAGCCCACGCAUCGUGCUUGGCUGUUGCUCAGACCUUCAGCACGGGAACACCAUGUCUGAGCAUUGUUGAAGCUUGGGUUUGCGGUGAUUAUUUUUUAUCUUAAAAGAAGGUGCUUUCAAAAGAUUUGUUUAAAGAACUCUUGGGAAAUUUCUUAACACACUGUAUUAUUUUAUGAACCUGCCCACAAAGGUGAUUGUCACUGGGCAUCACCAUCAUCUAAUAUGUGGAAGUACCCAGAGUGUCCAAGGUGCUAUACAGCUGUUACACACCUACCCCUGCAGCUGUUUUAAAUUAGAGACUUAUGCAUCAGCUGCCACUGGACAUUUUGCCCAUGGAGAUGGGGCCACAGGGGUCUGCAUUCUGAACAUCCUUUAUUCAUUCCCCCUACAAGAGCCUCCACAUCUGUUCCUGCUUCCCACCCCAUCCCACUCACCCCAUGGUUUUUUUAAAUCAAGGAAGUUUCAGGGAAUCAAAAGAGGUUGGGAUUUUUUUUAAACCCAGCAGAAUUGCAAAGUUAUAUAUUUUGCUAUGAGUAUUGUCGUGGUACAGAAAAUCCACUUUGCCUGUCGGUUUGUGGCUGGGAUGUGUGUCUGCACUUUUGGUAACUUGAAUGUUGAGCCAGCCCUAUGGCUCCAAUGUAGUGUUGUUGAAAGAUUAAACCACAGAGCUUCAGGAAGCCUACUCAAGCUGUUCCUUUCUCCCCUUCCCUUACCAAUUCCAGAGAGUGUUGUGUAUAAAUAAACUGGGUUUUCUGUUGAUACGGAGGGCAUUUUGUUGGGAGGUGGAAGCAGAAGCAAGAUGCCGCCUGUCUCAGUGAGUUGAAUCAUGACAGCCUUAUUCUGUUCUCUUUAGUUCCCCAUGGCACUGCCCACACCAUGUUUUGGAAAAUCUUGUUUCUCUUCCUCCAGUGUUUUACCCCUCUCAUUACGUAUUUUACAUUUGUGUAAGUCAAUCACAGGUCCCCUGUGUCACCAGUAUCGCCUCCCUUUGGUUUGCUGUGGUACUCUGCUGUGUACUCUGUGGCCUCACUUUACUGUGUAAAUAAAUUCAGUUUAAUAUACACUAAAAA